AACACCAGUGGAUUAAACUGCUUGUUUAUGAUGUAACUUUUUAAAGAGGAAGUUGCCGAAGGACGCCUUCAGCAGAACUGGGAACUAUGCUUCAAGAAUUAUCAUGAAGAUGAAUGGAAGAAGGAGGCAGGCUGAAAGACCACAGCUGGGGGACAUCAUGCACCCAGGAACGGGUUAUGGCUUAUAGCAGACUCCUGGUGCUGCUGAUAGGAGUGAUUUCCUCCCAUCUACCUGAAGUGCAGGGCAGACCCACUGACUUUUGGUGCAAUGAUCAAGCCAGGGAAAGUAUGGAGAAAAGGAUUGAGGGGGUCAAGAAAGACAUGGCUGGCUGCGUUGGUUCAGACGUGUUGCCGUCUCCUGUACAGUUACCAUGUGUUUGGGUACACCUGGCGGAGUGGAAAAAUAAAACUUUACAGCACAAGCUUGCAGAGGUGGUGGGGGCCCUCCGGGCUUUUCAAGACGAAGUGCAAGGGGCAAUAAAGAACACCACAUUGCAAUGUCAAACCUCACUGUUGGACACAAUGGCGCAACACAUCAGAAAUUAUGUGGCUAUUGUCAACACGCUUCAGAUACAGAAUGACACAGAGGAACCAUCUCAUUCUGUGGUACAGUACUGUUCCAGCCAAACCAGCCUUAUGAAAGUGCUGGAACAGUACAGGAAGCUACUUAAGGGAAAACUGGGGGACCUUGCUACUGACCUCCAUCGUAAAAUCUGUAAAGAAGAACGCAGGACAGCCAAUACUAAAGGACCCUGAGGUUAAUCCAACAAAUGGAAAUGAGCAUGUUUGCACUGUGGUGCUGUGUUGCCUUUCAACUGAUUCAAGACACAACCAGAAAUCAGGAGUGCAACAGCACAAUCUGGACUGAGAGGGUCCGUUGUUUGGAUGACGACUCAAAAAGAAAGGGCUGGGACUGGACUUGAAUACACAAUGUUAUAAUGGUGGAUAUUAUUGGUGGUUUUGAUAUUCGCAAAGGACAUGGGACACAAGGACGGAUAACGGGAUCAAGCAGUGAGUGGUUUUGAAGGCCAAAUGAGGUAGCAAUAGUUUUGAGUAAAAUCUCAUAAAUACUGACAAAGUAUGAUGGUUUUUUGAAGAACUUUUCAUCGUGGAAAAGUCUAUCAAAGGACAAUACGACCACUAGACACUAAAAGUGUGCACUGAAAGAAACGCUAAGAAAUUUUUAUCAGGAGUGUUAGUGGCUCCUUAUUCAGUUUCUCCUACUUAAAAGUUUAUAUUUUCUUCUUCUCAAGCAUAACUAAUUUUUAGCCCAGAGCAAUGGUAGCAGCUCUGUGAGGCUGUACUUACUCACAGCGGCAUGCUCACUAUGAAAAUGAUAACAUGGUGAUGUCUAGCAGAUGUGAUGUUUACUGUGCCAACAUCUUUGUUUGGUGUGUAUUCAUGCUAACUAGCACUAAACACAAAGAACAAUUUAGGCUGAUGGGAACAUCAUUAGUUCUGCAGGCUCUUGGUCACAAACCAAAGUACUGGACAAACAAAACUUUUGACCUCAUGAUAGCAGCAGAGAAAAAGUAAAGGGAUAACCACAGUCAAUAGGAUUGAGGACCAUUAUUGUCCGUGCAAUGUGGACUACAUUGGAGGACUGACCAACUGACAGAGUGAGAGACCUACAUUGCCAUUCCUAAAGCCAUGCUGCUAGCAUGGCUAAAACCAAGACACAACAGUUAAAUGUCAAGUUAACUGAACCACUUCACUUGAAAUUUUUGGAACUCACAUGAAGGAGCUUGUAUUGAUACUAAUGUGGGCAUGUUUUACAUUCAAAGGUGCAUCAUAACCACAUGAAAUAGGGUAAGUGAAAUAUUAUGCUGUCAAUUGUCAGUGCCAGGGGAAUUUCCCUAAUAGGCGUUCAGAAUCUUUUGAGUGAAAGUAAUGUGACUGGAUUACUGUGAUCUUAUCCUGGUUUUACGUCAGACCCCACACAUUUAUUUCCAUGUAAGUAAACCUAAUUGUGCAAUCCCCAGCUUUUUGUAACCCACAAUGCCUUUACCAGUGUUUAAAAAAAAAGCAUACUGUGGCAGUUAACGUUGCUGGUCAUACUACUGCCUGCAAUGUGUAAUCAAAACUGUGACUGUAGCCCCCUCUUUGGGUGCUGGAUGAGAGGUGCUCUAUGUUGGAUAAUGGGCAUCUCCUCUCUUCUUCUUCUGGGACUGCGGAAGGCUUGCAAAUGUAACUCUGUACAAUUUUAAGCCCUGGCCUGCAGAAAGAUUAUGAUGACGAUAUUAAAAGCUCAGGAAUCAAAAUUUUUAGAUGCAAAAAAGAUCUUGAAAAUAUGAAAAAGACACAGUUGCAAUGCACUGUGAUUGUGUUAAAGCACUCUACAACGUUCCCAAAUGCCAACAUUCUCUCUCAGUUCUCUGUUGAUUAUGUGAAAGUCAAGUGUAAACCGUCGAGGAAACAAGGAAACUACAGUAUUGUAUGCUACAACUAAAUCUAAAGUGAAUGCAUAUUUGGAUUUAUCAUGUUUUAUUUGAGAUAACUAGGAAAUAUCAGUGUUGAAAAUCCAAAGAUGUAUGAAUGCAUGAAUGUAUGAACACAAAAAGAGUUUAUUUGUCUGCAUUACUUUUAUAUAUUUUUUAUGAUUGCAUUUCCUUUUUUUAGAUAUAUGUAUCCAUAUGUAUAUAUAGCAAAUAUGUAUUAAUGUUGCAGUAUUUUUUCAAUAACGAUAAUAAUAUUAUUUAUUCACUUGGGAGGACUUUAGACUGUUUGGGAGAAAGGUGGGCCAUUAUACUGCUGCAUUACUCUUUAUUAUUUGGAUCACUUUUGUCUAAAGCGUUAAA